AUGGCAGCUCGGGUUUUCCAGGACGGUGCUCGGGUGGCAGACCUUCCUGGUUUCAUGGGUAUCGGUCACCUGCGAUACCCUACCGCCGGAAGCAGUGCCAAUGCGGAGGCUCAGCCAUUCUAUGUGAACAGUCCAUAUGGCAUUUGCUUGGCCCACAACGGCAACCUGAUCAAUGCCCCCGAGCUGAAGAGGCACUUGGACCUCGAGGCUCAUCGGCACAUCAACACGGACAGCGACAGUGAACUGAUGCUGAACAUCUUCGCUGAUGAGCUGAGCGAGACCAAGAAGGCCCGUGUCAACAAGGAAGAUCUGUUCGCUGCUCUAGCCCGCAUGUACGAGCGCUGCGAGGGUGGUUGGGCUUGUUCCGCCAUGCUGGCAGGAUUUGGUCUCAUGGGUUUCCGUGACUCGUACGGUAUCCGUCCUCUCGUCCUGGGGUCCAGGCCCUCGGCUGAUGGCCACGGUACGGACUACAUGAUGGCUUCCGAGUCGGUUGCUCUGCACCAGCUUGGUUUCACCAACAUCCGGGAUAUCCAGCCCGGUGAGGCUGUCAUCAUCGAAAAGGGCGGUGAGCCGGUCUUCCGCCAAGUGGCCCCGAAGAAGGCGUACGCUCCGGAUAUCUUCGAAUACGUCUACUUCGCCCGUCCGGACUCGGUCAUCGAUGGCAUCAGCGUGUACCGCAGUCGGCAACGGAUGGGUGACCGUCUCGCCGCUCGAGUGCUCGAUGUUCUUGGACCGGAAGUGGUCAAGAACAUUGACGUCGUUAUCCCUAUUCCCGAGACGUCUACCACGUCGGCUGCUGCCGUUGCCCGGUAUCUAGACAAGCCCUAUUGCCAAGGCUUCGUCAAGAACCGCUACGUCUUCCGGACCUUCAUCAUGCCCGAGCAGAAGACCCGGCAGAAGGGUGUCCGUCGCAAGCUGAAUGCUAUGCAGGCCGAGUUCAAGGACCGAAAUGUCCUGUUGGUUGAUGAUAGUAUUGUGCGAGGAACCACGAGUCGGGAGAUUGUUACGAUGGCCAGGGAAGCCGGCGCUAAGAACGUCUACUUUGCCAGCUGCGCUCCUGAGAUCACGCAUGCUCACAUUUACGGUAUCGAUCUGGCUUCGCCCACCGAGCUCGUUGCUUUCAACCGUAACGCCGACACCAUCGCCAAGCACAUCGGAGCAGACAGCGUCAUCUACCAGACCCUGGAGGAUCUGAAGGGUGCCUGUGCCGAGAUUGCUCAUGAGAACGGCUUGGAAGAGCCCCGUGACUUCGAGGUCGGUGUCUUCUGCGGUAACUACAUCACUCCCGUGUCCGAAGGCUACUUCGAUCACCUGGAGGAGAUCCGGGGUGAGGGCCGCAAGAUCAAGGCGCUGGACCGCGCCAAGGAAGCCGUGACGCAUGGUUUCGCCAGCGAGAAGGACUUCCAGAUUGCUGCCAACGGCGUCAAGCUGGACGGCAACGGUAACAUCAUUCCUGCCGGCUCCCCUGGCGAGUCCGAGGUGCCGCAGGUCAGCAUGUACACCACCCGCCAGGAAACCCCCAAGGAGGAGCCUCCUAAGGUGCGAGACCGUAUGGACAUCAGCAUCCACAACAUCGCCGACCACCCAUGA